GGUUGGGAGGAAGAUCAAAGGAAGGGAGCGGUGGGCGAAUGCGCAGAUUUCGGGUCCCGCGUUAUUGUUUUCUAUUUGACUCAAGUCCCAUAAAGACGAUAAGAAAGGGUCGCAGGACUUCAAAGACAGUGGGCAGACAGAAUAGAAGAACGAUCCACCAGAUUUCGACCACAUGAUAAUAAAACAGUGAACUUUUUUAAGUGGACUCUGUGUGAUGGGUGUUCGUCGUAGUAAGCGAUCAUCACGUGACUAAGUUGUAAAUGUUGAUUAGCAUACGGAAGGGUCGCCGAGGUCGGAUGGUCGUCAUUCACAGAGUUUACUUGACAAAACGACAGAAGGGUUUAGAUCUGAGCACUCAUACCUCCCUAAAUUUCCAACUGCUGUUUGAUAUUAUGAUACGGAACUGAAAAAGAGAGCUGCAUUUUACUAUUUAAUUCUACGAGCAACUCGCCACAAUAAAACAUUUUUUUGCCGUUGUGUUUUCUGGCCAGUAUGCAGAUAGGUAUGGAACAGGCUUGGCCAGCUCAACGCCCCACAGGAAUGGACAGUUGUGCUGCAGAAUAUAGAGGUAUUUCUGGCCCUAUGAACGGUCUAUACGGGUCAAGCAGUAGGCAACGAGCCUCGUGCAAUGCCAUGGUCAGUGUGAGUUCUUCAAACCCUGAACAACUUAGUGCUUUUCACUACUCCUAUCCCAUGUAUAACUCGCCCACCGAGUCAAGUUUGGCUGCAUCCAGUGCAGGAGACGAUCUGCCACCGGGGGCCGCCGGGAGUGGGGUGUCACCAGCGGCAGCCGCUGCAGCCUGGAAUAGCAGCGAGAUUCGUGGUGGGGCGGCAGCUGCUGCCGCCGCCGCUCACGGGGCCACGCCUCGGCCAUACGCCAACACAUUUGGCAAUACCUUUCUAACUCACGCAGGAUCCCCUCCUCAUCACGCCCAUAUGGCCCACCAACAGCAAUACAUGGGGAGCAACGCUUACGGUUCCCCGUACGGUCUCCACAACUCACCAUAUCCCCUUGAUAUGACAGGAGGUGCAUCGUCGUGUAGUCUUCUUGCUACCUUUACAACGACCCCCCGAAGAACGAAACGAAGACCAUACUCAAAGUUACAGAUCUACGAGCUAGAGAAGGAGUUCCAAGCAAAUAUGUACUUGACCCGUGAUCGACGCUCCAAGCUCUCUCAGGCUCUCGAUCUCACGGAACGUCAGGUCAAAAUCUGGUUCCAGAAUAGACGAAUGAAGAUGAAAAAAAUUAACGAAAAAGAAAAGACCCAAUCAGCGAAGAAGAAAUCAACUGAUGGCUCGUCACAUACCUCAUCCACCACCUCAUCCACCUCGUCAACAUCGUCGUCAUCUUCUGCGACAACGAUGUCGCAGUCGAGUACAUCACAACAUCAACAGCAGCAACAACAUCACCAUCAUCAACAUCAUCACCACCACCACAACCACCACCCAUCACCCAUCGCGAUUAAUACGUCACAUCCAUCCGUUGGUCAUCAAUCGCAACUUCGAUGAGGAACAGUCGUCAUCAAAGUUCUGUUUUGGGACAAUCCUUUUUCUUUUAGACUGUGCAGGUGCGUGUGCGUGUGUGUGUUGUGUGUGAACGAGUUAGCUCAGUAUCACAUGUAAGUAGCUACACAGACUAUUUUUUUUUCAAUUGUGCUGACAUGGUUCAAAAUACUUUUAAGAUGUUCAGGAAUCAGGACUCACCAUUACUUCUUGUUACUUGGUUUCGGUUAUGCAACAAAUGAAUACCCUGGAUGGUAAGCCAUUGUUUAAUUACCAACAAGAAGACCAACGUUAGUUAUCUUCUACCAUCUUCUCAAAACGUGCCAAUUGAUAAUUCAAGGCUUAUUCGUGCGUUUCUCGUGAAAGCUUGAAUGUGAAUAUGGAAGGAUUAGACAAUUGAAACACACUUUCUGUGACAAAACGUUGGUUUACGCCUAAGUGCUGAUGGUAAUCACGUCCAAUAUCUUUAUGUUGUUCCGUUGUGGAUUUUAUCCCAUUGUUGGUCACGUUUAAUGUACAUGGACCGACUUCCCUUUCUUGAAAAUUGUACCGUUUUAUCCCAAUGCUUUUAUAUUAAUUGCUUGUAUCGAAUUUGUUGCCUUGUGCGUGUCGAUUAAAACAUGAAAGUCCGUCUCUAAAUACAUAUUUUGAUGGUAAAAUGAAACGGACGUUCUGGUCUCUUUACAGCCCACUUCUUUUUCUCUGCACUUUUUGUGGUUAAGAAACUGACGUCCAUUUUUUUUUUGGGGGGUGGUCUUUUUUUUGACAUUGUGCCUUUAUGUGCCCACUGUUCUAUUAUCUAUAUUUAUCAAUAUACAUAUUCAUGUACAUAUACAUGUACAUGAUGUAUGGUAAUGGAUCAAAUAUACAGACUUUGAUUUUGCACCAUUACAACAUUUGCAAAAAUCUGGUGCAAAUAUGAGUCAGUCUAAAUGAAAUAUUCACCUUUUAAAGUACUACUCUAAUAAUUGGUUGUGUUAAAGAAAUUCUUUAACGUAUAGAUGGAUCUUUACGUUAUUUAAUGCGCUUUACACUGAUAUCUAUUGAUAUUGAUUUCAGGUCAGUUUUAAAAGAGAUAUUAAAUUCAGCUUACGUAUCUUACAAAAAAAUGCCAAUAUGAUGGUAGUUGGAGAGGGACAGUGAUAUAAAGGAAUAACUAAUAUGUCAGUUUGGUUAUUAAUUACCUUGUUAAUAUUUUUCGGUGCUUUAGUUAUGGUUAUAUUACCCAACUGCUAAGCAAGCACGAAUAUUCAUAUUUAAGGAACAAUUCUAGGUUGCCACAUUACCUUUUUGGUUUAGUCUUCUCCGGGGACUUCAUGACAGAGACCAUGUUUUUAAAAAGUGCAUUAGCUGGGUUUGUAUUGUAAAAAAACAACAACUUGCUUUAAGAAUCAAGUUUAACGUUUUGCAAUAAAAAAUUGAAGAAAAAAAUAAGAAAGUGUCAUUUAGAUACUAUAGUCAAUAGAUAAACUGUUUCAAAAUAUAUCACUUACAGCGAUGCUUCAUUUUAUUUUUCUCCAAUAAAAAUAUCUCUGUCAAUAGGACCAUACAAACUGGGAAAUUACUCGAUCGUUGCUUUGGAAUACUUACUACAUAAUAUCAAAUUUAAAAUGACUCUGCUCUAUGAAGUGAAUGUUCCCCCAAGUAAUCUACGAUCAUGACGAUCCCACUUGCUCUUUGAUAUGUAUUUCGUACUCAUUAAUGUUUAUCUUUACUGAAGUUUGGUGUCACUCGUAGAUUAUUAUUUUUUUCUUCUUCAAAGGUAUUUCUUGAUGCACUUCGCGGCAACUUACAUUUAUAUCAAAUCCAAAUGGAUGCAGCAUACACAUCAAAGUUAGGACGUGAUAUAAACCUUCAAUGUAAUAUGCUAAAGCAAAAUACAAGAUUAAGAUACUCGUGUAGUUAAUACAAGAUUAUAUUCAUUAGCAACGGUGGACAAAUAGUUU